AUGCACCGGCUCUGCGUGCUCCUACUGUCCGCCCUCAGCGCAUCUGUCCUCGGCUCUGACGUCCUGGAUCUCACGGAUGAUGACUUCGCCUCCCGCAUCGACGAUCACGGCCUGAUACUCGUGGAGUUCUACGCACCAUGGUGCGGUCACUGCAAACGUCUGGCCCCAGAGUACGAAGCGGCCGCCACACGACUCAAAGGGGUUGUGUCUCUGGCAAAGGUGGACUGCACGGCCAACAGUGAGGUGUGCGGUAAAUACGGAGUGAAUGGAUAUCCAACCUUAAAGAUCUUCAGAGACGGAGAGGAAAGCGGGCCAUACGAGGGACCGCGCUCUGCAGAUGGCAUCGUGAGUUUCCUGAAAAAACAGGCCGGUCCUGCGUCUGUGGAGCUGAAGUCUGAGGACGAUCUGGAGAAGUUCAUCUCUGACCAGGACGCCAGUGUGAUCGGGUUCUUCAGCGCCUCCUCCUCUUCAGAGCAGCAGGAGUUCAUGAAAGCUGCUUCUUCUCUGAGGGAGAGUUAUCGCUUUGCUCACAGCAACGACGAAGGGUUGAUCUCUGCUCACGGAGAGGGAGUGGUUCUGUUCAGACCAAAGAAACUCCAGAACAAGUUUGAAGAAUCCACGGUGACGUUCAGUGAAGAGAAGUUCAGUAGCAACAAACUGAAGAAGUUCAUCCAGGAAAACAUAUGGGGGAUGUGUCCUCACAUGACCGAUGACAACAAAGACCAGCUUAAGGGCCGGGACUUGUGUGUGGUUUAUUAUGACGUGGACUACGUCAAGAACCCCAAGGGCUCCAACUACUGGAGGAACAGAGUGAUGAAGGUGGCCCAGGCCUUUGUCGGUUCCUCUCUCUCCUUUGCUGUGGCCAAUAAGAACUCGUUCCUGCAGGACCUGUCAGAGUUCGGAUUAGAUGCGGGCAGUGGAGAGCUCCCCCUUGUGGCCAUCCGUACUGCACGCGGAGACAAAUAUGUAAUGAGCCAAGAGUUCACGCGGGACGGUAAAGCUCUGGAGAGUUUUCUUCAGGAUUAUGUGGACGGGAAACUGAAGAGAUACCUGAAGUCUGAGCCGGUACCAGAGGACAACGAUGGACCAGUGAAGGUUCUUGUGGCUGAAAACUUCGACUCAAUUGUGAACGAUGAGUCCAAAGAUGUCCUCAUAGAGUUUUACGCUCCGUGGUGCGGUCACUGCAAAACUCUGGAGCCUAAGUACAAGGAGCUGGGAGAGAAGCUCUCCUCAAAUCCCAACCUGGUCAUUGCCAAGAUGGACGCCACUGCGAAUGAUGUGCCCUCGCCGUACGAAGUCAGCGGUUUCCCCACACUUUACUUCUCUCCAGCCGGGCAGAAAACUAGCCCCAAGAAAUACAACGGCGGUCGUGAGGUCAGCGACUUCAUUUCAUAUCUGAAACGUGAAGCAUCCAACCCUCUGGUGUUACCUGAAGAACCAAAGAAAAAGAAGACUGAGUUCUAA